GCACUCGAAACGCUCUCGUCAUUCGACGGCGGGACUCGCGACCAGCAAAACGUACGUGCCGGCCGCGAGCGUGCGCGAGUGCUUAUUUUUCUGCUCAGUGUUUGUCGUCGCGACGCAGCCAAAUGCAGUGAGUCAGUGAGUGCGAAUUGCCCGAGUCAGUGCCAAACUGUGCGGAUUUACCGAGCCCGACCUGCGAACCGGACCUUCGUCGGCUCUCAGCUCCGGUGAAUGCAUCGUCAGUGUCGGUGAUCAUCGCGCCUUUUGGAUUAUUAUUUUUUUCCUCAACACCAGCCCAUCGCCAGCAGCACAAAUUGGGUGAGUGUUGUUUGUCGGCAAACAUCCUGGUCACGCUGGAAGUGCGUUGCCGCAAGCGGUGUCGUAUUUCACUUUCUUUCAACUAAAUGGCGCACUUUUAUUGCUUCACGAGUCAGAUAGCAUAAAUUCAGCGGCAGUUCGGUGCUGGACGUCAAAAAUCGCAAAUAUGGCGCUGUGAGUCGGAACUGCUUUUAAGGACCAAGAGGACGAUGUUGACGCCAAGGUGAGCGUCUCAACCCUAACGAUGCCACCACCGAGCAGAGGCUUGGCCACGCGAUGGUCAUUGGCAUCGCUGCUGUUGCUGCUCCUCUUGGUGCAGCUGACGGCGAGCAGUGAAGACUGGUCGGCUGGCUGCGAAGCCGCAGGAUGCAAUUGCCGCUGGUCCCAUGGCAAGAAAGCGGCCGACUGCGAGCGAAUCUAUGCCAUUCCGCAGCUCAGCCAGGAGAUCCAGGUGCUCAACAUCUCGUUCAACGAGCUCACGUACAUCCCGAAGAACGCCUUUCGUGACGUCGGCCUCGUGAACCUGCACAAAUUGUUCAUGAAAGGCUGCAACAUCACGAGCAUCGACCCUGGCGCCUUCAACGGCUUGGAAAUCGUGAUUGAGAUUGACCUGUCUCUCAACGACAUCAAGAAGCUGGACUCGCGCACGUUUCAAGAGAACUACCGACUCCGACUGCUCUACCUGAACCACAAUCCAAUUGAGAAGUUGGAGGACGGACUCUUCUCAAACCACACCUAUUUGCAAACGGUAGAGUUGGACAACAACCGCAUCAACCAGAUCGGCCCGAAGACCUUCGCCAACACGCCCAACUUGCAAAGACUCAAACUUGAGGGAAACCGGCUGACCUAUCUGAGGCUCAACACCGUCUCGCAGAUGAGCAAGCUCAAGAGCCUGGUGCUGGCCAACAACCCGUGGCGCUGCGACUGCAAGCUGCGGCCACUUCGAGACUGGGUGGAGGAACGCAAGCUUAACUCGCAGCCCACGCGCUGCCAAGAGCCGGACAGACUGAAGGACAAGCUUUGGAGUGACAUCGGCAGCGAUGAAUUCGCGUGUCCGCCGCGACUAGUGCUGCCAUCUGCCUCGGUAGCGGCUACGGCCGGUGCCAACGUGACCAUAGGUUGCAGGGCCUCAGGAGACCCGCCUCCCAAAAUUCAAUGGGUCUUGAACUCCCUGGUCUUGGGCAACGCAUCCAGGGGCUCCCACUCGGGCUACCAACAGCACUAUGUGGUUCACACAGGCGAGUCCCGCGGCCAUAUUGGUGACUUGUGGACUUGGGCCAACCUGACGGUGAUCAACGUUCGCACUUACGAUGCAGGCAAGUACUCUUGCGCCGCCACCAACCCUGGCGGAGUCGACGAGGCCUACCUGCAGCUGGGAGUCCGUGACGCCUCCGGCGGUUUCAUCAACACCGCACAGGGCAGCGAACUCUACAUUUGGUUGGUGUCCCUGUUGGUGGCGGCGUUGGUGUUGCUCGUCUGCGUCAUGACGCUGUGUUUCUGUCUGUGCCGAAGAAGGGCCAGACGGAAUCAUCACCAAAGGGCGCAGAUGCUCAAGAAGCACCACGAGCAGAUGAACGGCGACGCCUUCGGCGGCGCCGGCGGCGACGACGAGCAGGAGAAGGCGCUGAUCACCAAAAUCAACCCACUGCAGAAGCCGCCGCGACGAAUCGAAUCAGCGCAGUCGUCCGUCAACGGCAGCCAGACCACAGACCUGAAUCGCUCGCACAUGAUCGAGGACGGCGUCGCCACCGGAAAUGGCGGCACCACCCUGCGAACGCGCACCUCUGAAGGCGCGCCUUCGUACGACUCGCUGCUGGACGCUGACGAAUUCACGCCAUCCAAGAGCUCAACGGCGACUCCACUGCGACCGACCGGCCGACCUGACUUGCUGGCCUUUCAACCCCGACACGAUUCUCCGGCAGGAAGUUCCACCUCGACGGCACCAGACAGCACGAGGCUGCCACCGCAGCCCAUCAGCGGCCUCAUCCUCCAGCCGGCGCCGCACCUGACCGGCUUCGGAACUCUGCCCUACGCUCGGUCGCAGUCGCCCUUCACGAUGCACCCCAUGAUGGGCUCCUGCGGCUCUCUGCCCAUCGUGACCAACCGCCAGGGCUACGUGACCAUCCCUCGCCGCCCCCGGGCGCCCAGCUGGGCAGCGCCCCCUCGUGUCGGCGACCCCUUGCUUCGGAUGGAGCCCAUUUACGACAACCUCGGACGCCGCACCACCGUCGACGGCAGCUCUAACGUCUCGUUGAACAGUCCGACCGCAAGAGUGGCCACGCCCACCCGGAACCUGGUCCGCCCGCUUCCGGCAACACCCGUUGCUACUCUUCCGAAGUACUACGCGCCGAUCGUGGAGGCCGAGACGUCGCCGCAACCUGCCAGACGCACCUCUCCAGAGGGUGACGACAAGAGAAGCAGUGUUGCCGCGAGCAGCACCACCGAGGAGGCGCCUCUGCUGCCAAUUGUGGAGACACCGAAGAAGAAGGUCCCUCCGAAAGUGCCACCGAAACCUGCAAAGCGCAAGGUGACUCCUGCGGCGAGUGGCACGGAACCGCUGUACGAAGACGCCGAAGAGGGCGAAGACGGAACCGAAGUGUAAACAGUGCCUUAUCUAAUCCUAAAGACGAAUUGAAAAUAUUCAAAAGUAUAUUUUUCACCGCUAUCACCCACGACGACCACGAUUCUAUCAAAUUUUCAGUCACAACGAUUUCUUAUUAUUAUUAUUAUUUUUUUUUUAAUUUGUUGGAUUUUAUUUAUUUGUACGAGGUCAGACGGGCGUUUUUUGCAAAUCUGACCUCGAUUAGUUUUAUUAUAUUGAUUUUGUGCCAUGGGGCUUCCAUCAGAAGAGCAUUUCAAUUGCGCACAGACCAUUCGCUAUUUUUUCUCUCACCCGCGACUGCCGCCGAGAAAUAAAAAGACGCUUCAGACUAGUGUGAGGAAGGAAGAAAAACGCGAGGCCCAAAAACUGAACGAAAACGACUUGUUGUAAAAAUAUAAAUUUCCAAGUGCUGCUGUAAUUUCUCUGUGACAUGUGUGUACUACGAUGUGGUUGGUGGCGAAUGAAACGACAUUUUCGUGCAAGUGCUCCAUAAAAAUAUAUAUAUUAAUAUAUUUGAUCCAAGUUGUUGAAUGUGAACGGCUUUAUAUUAUAUUGAGAGAGAGAAAGAAGAAAUUUAACAAGCAUUAUUAUACAUAACACAAAAGACACGAGAGUCUAUCCUUAAAAAUUAUAAAAAAAAAAUACAGCAUUAUUAAAUAAAAAGA